AUGAAUUGCUCGACUAUCGCGCGGCCCGGCUUCUUCCUCGUCUUUUGCUUCGCCAUUCUUACGCUCGUCUUCGACGCUGCGGCGGCCCCACAAGGUUGCGAACAAGACACUGGAGUUGGCAAAAACGGGUUGCCCGUCGAGAACUGCUUCCUGUAA